GCAAUUCAAGGUUCCAUUGAUUCCGGCGACUGCGACGAACUGAAAAAUGACGUGGCUUUCGGAGAUCUACAAUCUAAAAUUUGGGCUGUGCAUUGGUUUAAGAAUAAAAGACAUGGAGGUUGCAAAAUGGCUAUAAAUUAGCAAUGGAGGAGUUGGGAUAAUUUUGGAGGGUUUUGUGUUGCCAAGAAUCAAGCUGCAAACUCCUUGCAUCCCCGGAUUCACGUGUUUGUUAAAUAAUUAGGCUGCUCAUCUUGGAACUUGUGAAAGACCAUUUACAAGCAAUUUGGCAAGCCUCUGUAGAGGUGUGUAAACUUGGAGGAAACACUUCAUCGUUCAUCAGAUGCGGCUUAUGACAUUUUUUAAGCAAAAAACGAGACACAUAUCUCACCUUGCUUCCAUCGACGCCUCGGAGUUCACAAGAACUGUAAAAUAAUCGAAUAAUAUACUUCGUGCCGUCCCUUUUCUAGUUUCUAGUUUCUUGUUCUUGUUCGGUCCAUUCGUAUAAGAAGUUAUUGUUGCUAUCGGCUGACAUAGCCAUGGAUGCCCAGAAAGCAGUAGACACCCCCCCCACAACCGUUUUGAUGCUUCCAUGGAUCGGCUAUGGCCAUCUCUCUGCUUAUUUGGAGCUGGCCAAAGCUCUCUCAAGGAGGAACUUCCACGUCUACUUCUGUUCAACCCCUGUUAACCUUGACUCCAUUAAACCAAACCUAAUCCCUCCUCCUUCUUCCAUCCAAUUUGUGGACCUCCAUCUCCCUUCCUCUCCUGAACUUCCUCCCCAUCUUCACACAACCAACGGCCUCCCCUCUCACCUUAAACCCACUCUUCACCAAGCCUUCUCAGCGGCUGCACAACACUUCGAGGCAAUUUUACAAACACUUUCUCCGCAUCUCCUCAUUUAUGACUCUCUCCAGCCUUGGGCUCCUCGAAUUGCUUCCUCCCUCAAUAUUCCGGCCAUUAACUUCAAUACCACCGCAGUUUCCAUCAUUGCCCAUGCCCUUCACUCCGUUCACUACCCGGAUUCAAAAUUCCCAUUCUCUGAUUUUGUUCUUCACGAUUAUUGGAAAGCCAAGUACACCACCGCCGAUGGAGCCACUUCAGAAAAAAUCCGCAGAGGUGCAGAAGCCUUUCUGUAUUGCUUGAAUGCUUCUUGCGAUGUAGUUCUUGUGAAUAGCUUCAGAGAGCUGGAGGGGGAAUAUAUGGAUUAUCUGUCCGUUCUCUUGAAGAAGAAAGUUGUGUCGGUUGGUCCUUUGGUGUACGAACCGAGUGAGGGCGAGGAAGAUGAAGAGUAUUGGAGGAUAAAAAAGUGGCUGGAUGAAAAGGAAGCAUUGUCGACCGUUUUGGUGUCAUUUGGAAGCGAAUACUUCCCGUCGAAGGAAGAAAUGGAAGAGAUAGCACAUGGGUUAGAGGAGAGUGAGGCUAACUUCAUAUGGGUGGUCAGGUUUCCGAAAGGAGAAGAGAGUUGUAGGGGGAUUGAAGAGGCAUUGCCAAAGGGGUUUGUGGAGAGAGCGGGAGAGAGGGCGAUGGUGGUGAAAAAAUGGGCGCCUCAGGGGAAGAUAUUGAAACAUGGGAGCAUUGGGGGAUUUGUGAGUCACUGUGGGUGGAAUUCGGUACUGGAGAGCAUAAGGUUUGGGGUACCCGUAAUAGGAGUUCCCAUGCAUCUGGACCAGCCCUAUAACGCCGGACUUCUGGAAGAAGCUGGGAUUGGGGUGGAGGCCAAGCGGGAUGCCGACGGAAAAAUUCAGAGAGACCAAGUGGCCAGCUUGAUCAAACGAGUGGUGGUCGAGAAAACCAGGGAAGACAUUUGGAAGACAGUAAGGGAAAUGAGGGAGGUUUUGAGGAGAAGAGACGACGACAUGAUUGAUGAGAUGGUGGCUGAAAUUUCCGUCGUGCUUAAAAUAUGAGUUUUCUUUGUUUACUUUAUAAGAUUAUUAUUAUUAUUAUAUUAUUAUUACUACUACUAUUAUUAUUAUUACUGCUGCGUAGUAAAUAAUGAUUUAUGUUAAUGUGAUAGACUAAAGAAAGAAAGUAUAGUAUUGUCGAAUGUGUGAUAUAUUUAAAGAAGAAUGGAAGACGCAAAAUAGUCAGUAAUUAAUUAGUAUUAAAAAUUAAAAGAAAAAAGUAAAAGAAUGAAGUGAAUUGAGUUAGAAGAAGCUGGUAACUAAAGCACAGAACAUGGAUGGAUGCGACACUUGAGGAGGCCACGUGUUUUCUUAUGGUUGGAGAGUAUCAUGGAUUUCCUCUUCUUCCUGCUGCCGC